AUGAACCCAGAACAAAAUGCUAAUAUUCUUGACUCUGAUGAUGGAUAUUAUAUUGCUAGUAAUACAAGAAGGUGGGGCGGGCUUUAUGACAAUGAGUUAUCUGAAAUUGCUAAGAAGAGAAAUAAACUUGUUAAUUAG